GUUCUCCUAAGUAUAUAUUGUUAGCACAUUCUAUGAAUUUUUAUAUAAUAUAAGGUUUUCAUUAUUGACGGGUGUAAAGGUUGGAGUACUUGUACUUUAAAAUACGAGAAAAAUGCUUUCCCAACGUUUGGCAAUUAAUCUGCCAAAGAUUUUAAAAAGAAACUUUGGCAUUACUGCACCAGCAUUCCUGGAAGCAAAGGAUCCGAUACAAAAGUUGUUCAUAGAAAAAAUUCGUGAAUAUAAAACAAAAAGCAGCGGUGGGAAGUUAGUUGAUCCUUCUCCUGAAACUGAGAAAGAAAGAGCCUCAGAACUUGACAGACUUCAAAAACAAUAUAAUCCAACAAACAGUAACAUGUCUGAAUUUCCUAAGUUCCAGUUUAAAGAUCCAGAUGUAACACAAUAAAUACAUCAAUGUAACUUUAUAAAACACAUGUUUAGAAUAUUUACAUUAAAAUUGUUACACUCAAUAUUAAGUAAUCAGUUGUAAAAUAUAUGUAUAUGUAAAAUUUCAGAUAUAAAUAUAUUAAAUUAUCCUUAA